ACCUAGUUUAGAGCCGGUAACUCGCUUGACCCUCAUCAACUUCAGUCUACAGCUGAGAAGCCUAAGGAGAUAGAUCUUGUGCUUUGGCAUCCUCACGUUAGGAAUAUAAAAUCCUAUAAUUUUUUGAAAAAUGAUGAAGCCAAAAUCUUCAAGACCACAUUACCCUCUUGAAAAGCUAUAUAAAAAUCAACCUUUGUGACGCACGGCAAUUGUAACUGGAAUUACUAUACUAUUUUAAAUUAUAAGAUUAUUUAAUUUUGGAAUCGUAUUUAGCUUCAGAUAUUAGUCUAUACUUCUGUAUUUAGUUUAUAUUAUUUUUAUAUGGAAUGACGAGAAAUUCAACUGUUGGAUAGUUGAGAAUGGGGAGGAUUGUUAUGGAAAAUUAUUGAAAAGUAAUUAGGAACUUAUUUAAUUAAGCUUCUUGUUAAAUUACGCUUUAGAAACAAUCUGGAUAGGUGCUAUUGGUAUUGUUAUUCUUCUAUUACAUUCUAAACAAAUUCUUAUUGAAGUAAAACUUCAGAAACUGCAAGUAGGCAAUAGGAGCAUUUCUCUAAGUGGACCUAAUAGCUCUGAUAUCGGUAAUCGAUUUUAUUCUACGUUGUAAGAUACACUGUGAGUAGUAUGAUUAAAAAAUUUAUUAAUUAAUAAGGGUUUGCCAUUUGGGGAACUGAAUUCCCUUUAGUAAAUGAUAUCUGUAGUUGAAGUAGCGAGUUCUGAUUUCAUGUCCUGUUACUGUCGUCAAAUUUUAGGCAUUUAAAUUUUUUUUAUAUUUUUGUUCUGUAAGUUUACGUCUUAUUUUAUUUAAUAAAAAAUUUGUAGACAUUUGUUUUAAAAAAUAAGGGGAGAUAGGUGCUUAUAUACGAAAAUGCAACAGUUGUCAUUGGAACCUUACUCCGAAGACUUAUUAUGGUUAGUAAUUUGUGGGUUCGUAGUGGCUUUUAUAUUGGCGUUUGGGAUUGGGGCCAAUGAUGUUGCCAAUUCUUUUGGUACCAGUGUAGGAUCGAAGGUCCUGACGCUCACUCAAGCCUGCAUAUUAGCAACUAUAUUUGAGAUCGCAGGAGCUGUGCUAAUUGGUUACAAAGUAUCAGACACAAUGCGCAAGGGUAUACUGGAUGUGUCGUUGUAUGCUUACGGUGGACAGAAGUUACUAGCAGCAGGAUGCUUGGCUGCCUUGAUCGCUGGAGCGGCGUGGCUCAUCAUCGCGACGGCAUUACGGCUGCCUGUUUCCGGCACACACUCCGUAGUUGGAGCAACCGUUGGAUUCACUCUCGUCGCUAAAGGGCCAGUCGGAGUGCGUUGGUCGACUCUUGGUGCUAUUGUGCUCUCGUGGUUUAUUUCGCCAGUGCUAAGUGGAACAGUUUCAGCGAUAUUAUACUGGCUGGUACGCCGGUUCAUCCUUCGUUCUAGCCAGCCGCUGGCGGCGGGUUUGCGUGCGUUGCCGUUCUUUUAUGGUUCCACUAUAGCAGUUAAUGUACUCAGUGUUGUUCACGAUGGUCCCAAAUUGUUGGCGAUGGAUAAAAUACCUCUUUGGAUUGCAUUAGUUGGCUCGCUGGCGUUGGGAGCUUUGGUAGCAGGAGCUGUUCGUCUUUUUCUUGUGCCACAUUACCGUCAAAAACUCGUCUCACCACCAGUUAACUUUACAUUAGGAUUAUCCAACGAAACCACGCCAGCGAAUACACCGACGCACGCAAAGAAAAAUAACGUGCCGCAGCGUCCUACUUCCCUUUUGUCUGAAGAUGGGAAAAUUCUUGAAGCGAUAGCAGAAAGUGCCGAAAUGGUCACACUAAGUAAUGCUGACAGAGUUUCAAUAGGUGUGAGGGAGAUGAACGCUAAAAAUCGUGCAUUAUUGGCCACUAUGGACGAUUGCAGUAUACUUUCCCGUAGCCUGAGCCCUCCAAAUAAAUCACGUUUGCAGUUGAUAGAUGCUGACCCACAAUUGAACACACUCAAGUAUAUAGAUGAAACAUUAAGUUGUUGUAAGAGCUUAGACUCCGCUCAAUUGGCUGGCAUGGGCGAGAGUUACGACUCGAGAAAUGGUUUCCUAGGCGACUCCUGUGAUACGAUAGCGCGUGGUGAGUUCGAUAAAUUGGCAGCCACUAGAAUACAGGCAAAUACAGUCGAGUUUGAAACACCACCUCCUCGACAAGAUAAGGGGCCAACAGCAAGCGCAUGGAGUAUAGAGUGCGAGGGCAGGAACACUCAGCUGCCACCUAUAACGCCGAACUCGAGUGCGGCGCCGCUGCUUUGCGCCGCCACUCCGCCACCACCUGCACCGUCAGCGCCACCACCUGAUACGUUGAGGCUGUUCUCUUUCCUACAAGUCCUCACUGCCACAUUUGGUGCUUUUGCACACGGCGGCAAUGACGUAAGUAAUGCCAUUGGACCCCUCGUAGCCUUGUGGUUACUGUACUCGGAGGGCGCAGCACACGCUACAGCCGAGACUCCACUCGCUAUUCUGGUGUUUGGGGGCGUCGGGAUUGCACUGGGUCUGUGGUUAUGGGGACGUCGUGUUAUACGCACUGUUGGCGAGGACCUCACCAGCAUCACGCCUGAUACCGGGUUUACAAUCGAGCUGGGUGCUGCGUUGACAGUACUGGUAGCAAGCAAAGUCGGGCUACCAGUGUCGACUACGCACUGCAAGGUUGGAUCCGUCGUCUGCGUCGGCUACUUUUCGGAGAAGGCCGUCGAUUGGAGUUUGUUUCGUAACAUCAUAUUCGCAUGGGUGGUGACACUUCCCGUCGUCGCGGCUAUAGCGGCUCUUGCUAUGUUGGCACUUAGAGAAUUUAUUAUAACAUAUUAAGUAUAAUUUUAAAGACAUAAGUAUAUGUAAUUGAGAAAAGUAACAAUGUAAUACAACUUUUUGUUUUAACAGUUUCUUCGAAUUAAUUUAAAAGUAUUCUACAGGACGACUACGGUGCUUACGUCGCAGGCGAUUUGACAACAUUUGUAACAAAUAUAUGAAAGUUAAUUAAAUGCCAAUUGUAUUUAAUUACAUACAGAUAAAUGUGUAUGUUAAGCCAGUAUAUAUAAAGUUGCAAAAAUAAAUAAGACAAAAAUAAUCGUGUUUCCAAUAGUCUAGUCGUCACAUUUCUUAUCGUCUUUGUACUUUCUGUAAUGUUGGACGCAUAUUAGGUACAUUUUAUGACUAAUGUCACGCUCUCAGUGAUUCCAUUAUUUUGUAUUGAAAUUAUUGAAUUUAUUUUUGAUAACAAAUAUGGUUUGUGAUUCAUUUUAAUAAUUAUUUCCAUUUGCUAAUUCCAAAAUAGAUUCAUACGCUGAAUGCGCAGUAAAAGUACAUAGUAACAUGCAUUUAAUUUCAUCAUGAAGAUGUGAUGUGAAACUAGUAUCGUGAAAGUUUUGGUACUGAUGGGGCCAUAAAUUUAGAAGUAGUGUCGAUUACACGAUAUUAGUUUCACACUUUACAGGCCUCUGAAACUAGUCUCAUCAAAUUAAUUUACAAUAUGAAACUAGUUCAUGCACAAUGCAUGAAAUUAGUUUACUGUAAUUUUAGUUUAUCGGAUAGGGGUUCGGAAAUAUGAAAAUUUAGGUAUUUCAAGAAAUUACUCUACACUGCAUCUACCUAUUUUGCUGGUUAAAAAUAGUUUUUCGGAUUCAUGAAUCUGAACUAUCACUGAGAAUUAAGUAUAUAAUACAGUUUUAGUUACCUUGUGAGUAGAUAUAAGCAUUUAAGGUAUACAUAUAAUCAGAAACAAAAGAAACAGUUUAACAAAUGUCAAUAGACUCUGUGCGUUGUAGAAGUCGGUUUUUUUUUGUGAAACACAAUUUUAACUUGUAUUACUCUUUGUUCUAAAAUUGUAGGAACAAAAAUUUUUGUAAUCGAAGUCAAUCUAAUAAUCAUUAUUUAAUGUAUUCUUGAACCUCUGAAUUUUCUUCUAUAGUUUCAACAGCACCAUGAUAUAUGCUUAUGUAUGUACUCGUAAGUAUGCAUGCUGUAACAUGCGCAGAAUAUAAUUCGCGAAUGGUUUCAGUUUUGUUGCUAGAUUAUGCAAUAAUUUAAUAAAACAGAUUGAUGAUUUAGGUACUCAUUUAUUAAAUAUUGAACCAUUUUGCAUCAUUACUAAUUAUGAUGAUUUCAAGUUCCAUUUCUGUAGAAUAAUUCUGAUGUUACAAAAUUAAAAUAAGUAUUGAUCGUUGGCAGCGUCAAUUUUACUGUAUGAUCUCUUAGAAAUUAGGAUAUCUGUCAAAUCUAGCCAAAGUAUGGUCAAAAUUAAUAAAAAAGAAUGGAUAACAAUUAUUGUUUUAUAUACUACGUUUAUUUUCAAAAUUACCGACAAAUCAUCUGUUUUUAUUUUUGGAACUGUUAAUAAUGUUAUGAAAAAAAAACAUGGUUGCUAUUGCUACUUAGUAUUGUUUAGAACAUCUAAGUGACUUUUGUCUAUGAUGUAUUUAAAAUAUCUAAGUACCUAAGCAGAAGCACAGUCUAUUAUUAUUGCAUUAUUGUUAAAUAAAUCUAGUCCAAAAAUUUAAAAUAUAUAUUCAUUUUACACCCAUAUAUUUACCCAUACAUUAUUAUUAAAUCUGUGAAACAUAUCUUGGGGCAAAAGUUUAAAGAUAUAUAUACCUAUUUACGAGAAUAAAAAUCUCUUGAGGUGUUUGAUCGACUUUAACAAUAUGCAAUAUAUGCGGAUUACUUAUAGCCCGCAUAUAUUGCGAUGUGACUUAGCAUUAAGUGUCACGGUGUUUGUUACCAAACUCCUCCGAAACGGCAUAAUCGAUUUUUAUGAAAAGGGUAACCCACCCCUAAAUAUUUUUUUUAUUUUAUUGAAAAAUUUUUUUAUU